AUGGCUGCGUUGAAUGCGACAGGAACCGCGGGACCUGGAGAGCUUCGGGAACGCGACACCAAAAAAUCCACAAGCAGCCUGCACGACGACAAGGCGCAGGCGGAGCUCUCUCUCGGCAUCAAAACAUCCCCGCGUCACCCAAGAGCUCAAUCACCUGUUGCUGCGCCGCCUUCUCACCGUGCGCCGCGUCGACGAGUUUCCAGGCGUUUUCCUUGGAACAAGGCAGCUGCGCUCGGCGUGCUUGCUGGCCUUGCGUUCGUCCUCUUGCGUCCCGCUCUCCUCCGCUUCUUCUCCCCCCACCACGAGCCUCCCAGUGACCACGCCGACCCUCCUGCGCCCAAAACCCUCACUGGCACGUCGCCGCUGCCCGUAGCGUCGCUUUCGCCCAGUAUGGCGCUGAACAACACCACGGGCGCAACGAGCAUUGCUCGUGUUUAUCCCGAUGUCAACGCGAACAUGCCCCGCUCCUACUGGGACUACGACUCGGUCAACAUCUCCUGGGGCGUCCUGGAAAACUACGAAGUCGUGCGAAAGAUUGGGCGCGGAAAGUACUCGGAAGUCUUCGAGGGCAUCAACGUCGUCAACUACCAGAAAUGCGUCAUCAAGGUCCUGAAGCCCGUCAAGAAGAAGAAGAUAAAGCGCGAAAUCAAGAUUCUGCAAAAUCUGUCUGGCGGCCCCAACAUCGUCUCGCUGCUGGAUGUAGUGCGCGACAACCAGAGCAAAACACCGUCGCUGAUAUUCGAAUAUGUCAACAACACCGACUUCCGGAGUCUUUACCCCAAAUUCCAGGACUACGACGUGCGGUUCUACAUAAAUGAGCUCCUCAAGGCUCUAGACUUCUGCCACAGCAAAGGCAUCAUGCACCGGGAUGUCAAGCCUCAUAACGUUAUGAUCGAUCAUGAGAAGCGCAAGCUACGGUUGAUCGAUUGGGGUCUUGCUGAGUUCUACCACGCCGGGACCGAGUACAACGUCCGCGUCGCUUCGCGGUACUUCAAAGGCCCGGAACUGCUGGUCGACUUCCAGGAGUACGACUACUCUCUCGACAUGUGGUCGCUCGGUGCCAUGUUCGCGUCCAUGAUUUUCAGGAGAGAACCGUUUUUCCACGGCAACAGCAACUCGGACCAGCUUGUCAAGAUUGCGAAAGUCCUGGGAACCGAAGACUUGUUCGAUUAUCUCGACAAGUACGAUAUCGAGCUAGAUGCGCAAUACGACGACAUUCUGAGCCGGUAUCCCAAGAAGCCAUGGCACUCGUUCAUCAACGCGGAAAACCAGCGUUUCGUGAGCAACGAUGCCAUCGACUUCCUUGAUAAGCUUCUGAGAUACGACCAUCAGGAUCGUCUCACGGCCCAAGAAGCAAUGGCGCAUCCAUACUUCGCCCCAGUUCGGCAGGCUGCUGCACAGCAGAACAGCAGUGCCGCAACAUGAUUGAUACCCGCUCCAGUAACUAGACCUCAAGUAAUGGCAUGAAUACACAAACACAAGAUGCUCACCUUCAGCCUCGCAUUCCAUGACACUCCUAGCGGGCUACCACUUCUUCUUACCGAUCAUAUAUUGUCACUCAAGAUGACUUCUUUGGGAGCAAAAGUCACGUUAACGGUUGGUGGGUUUAGGCGCUCUCCUUUUGCAUACGUAUUGCGUGGUCGGCUAUGCUGUUGGAGGGAUAUCGGCUUUGGAAAUCUCUGCUCGAAUGGGAUGUAAGCAUGGCAAGGCGUUAGAGUGUUAAUGCAUCCUCGGAAUC